AUCUCUUCCUCUCUUUCUUUUCCCCUCCACCCGCCGCUCCUCCCGCUCUUCCGUUGGCGUGGACUUAGGCCCCUCCUCGUCCCGCAAUCUCCUUUACUCUAGGGUUAUCUCUCGGGUCCCUCCCCCCGGUUUCGUAGUAGAUUUCUGUGCAUAGAGGCAUCAUGGUGUCGGGCAGCGGAGUGGUGAAGCAGACCAUCGUGGUGGACGCGCGCCACCACAUGCUGGGCCGCCUCGCGUCCAUCGUCGCUAAGGAGCUCCUUAACGGCCAGCAUGUCGUGGUGGUGCGGUGCGAGGACAUCUGCCUGUCGGGCGGGCUGGUGCGCCAGAAGAUGAAGUACCUGCGCUUCCUGCGCAAGCGCAUGAACACCAAGCCCUCCAAGGGCCCCUUCCACUUCCGUGCGCCCUCCAAGAUCUUCUGGCGCACUCUCCGCGGCAUGAUUCCGCACAAGAUUCCCCGCGGUGCGGCUGCCCUGGACCGCCUGAAGGCCUUCGAGGGCAUCCCCGCGCCGUACGACAAGAUGAAGCGAGUCGUCAUCCCCGACGCGCUCAAGGUGCUGCGGUUGAAGCCGGGCCACAAGUUCUGUCUGUUGGGCCACCUCUCGCAUGAGGUUGGCUGGCACUACUGGGAUGUUGUCAAGGAGCUGGAGGCGAAGCGCAAGGCGGAUGCUGCGGACUUCUACAAGGAGAAGAAGGCAACAAACAAGGCCCGUGCGGAUGCUGUGAAGAGUGUGUUGGCAGCUGAUGCUGACCUUAGUGCCACGUUGGCAGCUGUUAGCUAUUAGGUUGCUUGUUGCAUAAUUGAGAUGAGCAGAUGAGCAACCCUUCAAGCUAUAAAGAAAGGCGUUUGAAGUAGUUCAUAAUAUCACUUCAAUUUUGUUUUGAGGUAUAGUGUCCUACUCUAGUGGAGGGUGGGAUGGAAAUGAGUUUGGGCGUCA